AUGAUUGCUGAAGGUAUUGCUUAUCCCGUUACUAGCUCUCAGUGGGCUACUCCUAUUGUGGUGAUUCAGAAGAAAAGUGGGGUGCGACUCUGCGGGGACUUUAAAGUAACCCUUAAUCAAGUGAUCCAGUCGGAACACUAUCCCUUGCCUCAACCGGAGGACAUUUUUGCUACUCUAGCAGGUUGUAGCUGGUUUUCAGUUUUGGACUUGGAGGCAGCGUAUCUCCAACUUCCUGUGGCGGAGGAGUCCCAACCACUCUUGACGCUAACUACGCACAAAGGCUUAGUGCGUUUGCGACGUCUGCCGUAUGGUUUGUCUUCGGCUCCGGCUCUUUUUCAAGCGGCCAUGGACAAAAUUAUUGGUGGCCUACCUGGGUCAGUGGCAUAUUUGGAUGACGUACUGGUGGGUGGAUCUUCGCAAGAGGAAGCGUUGUCACGCUCGGAGAGUGUUCUUCAACGUCUUCAAAGUUAUGGAGUCAAGGUAAAUGAUUCUAAAUGUAAAUUCUUACAGCCGUCAGUACAGUACCUAGGCUACUGUUUGUCGUCCAAAGGGAUCAGCCCGCAGGAGGGUAUUUUGGAGGCGAUUCGGAACGCACCCGAGCCAACUUCAAAGGAAGAGUUAAGAGCCUAUACUGACCAUGCUCCUUUAGUGACAAUCUUUGGAAAUAAGCGGGGAGUUCCCUGUGUCCCCGCUGCGCGUCUUCAACGAUGGGCCCUGAUCCUCUCCGCCUACAGUUUUGAAGUAAAGUACCGCCGUGGCUUGGACUUGCCACAUGCGGACGCUCUUUCGAGAUUACCGUUACCUGAUGACGACCAAUUGGAGCUGGACUCCAACUACAUCUCUCAUGUUUCUUCCCUGGUAGAGGCCUUUGACUGUUUCAAAUUGGUGAGUGAUCUCAAUCCUAUUACUGCUAAGGAUAUCGCUCGACUUACUGAUACUGAUCCUGUUUUGACAAAGGUCAGAGAUUUCAUUUGGCAUGGAUGGCGUGAUAGUCAAGAUUCUGAGCUGGUUGCUUAUUUUCGAAGAAGGGACGAGUUGUCCGUGGAGAACCAGUGUGUUUUAUGGGGUAGUCGAGUAGUGGUGCCAGAGAAACUGAGGAGUGCCGUUAUCCAAUUGCUGCAUGAUCAGCAUCCCGGAAUAAAUCGGAUGAAAAUGUUAGCCCGAAGCUUUGUUUGGUGGCCGGGGAUUGAUAAAACCAUUGAAGAGACUGUUCUCUCAUGUCAUGUGUGUCAGUGCACAAGGAAUGCUGUGGCUAAGGUGCCAUUAUGUCAGUGGCCUAGAGCUUCAAGUAGGUGGCAGCGCAUCCACGUGGAUUAUGCGGAAGAUCCUCUAACAAGACAACAAAUGCUCAUAGUUGUUGAUAGUUUUAGCAAAUGGCUAGAAGUGUUUAUCAUGAAAUCUACUACAUCGUUUAAAACCAUUGAAAAACUGCGUACGCUGUUUGCGUCUUUUGGCCUACCAGAAGAAUUGGUCAGUGAUAAUGGUCCCAAUUUUGCUAGUGGGGAAUUCAGGGAAUUUCUGAGCAACAAUGGUAUUAAGUUUACGCUCUCACCUCCUUACCAUCCUGCCCCGAAUGGGGCUGCAGAAAGAUUUGUACAGGAAGUCAAGAAGAACCUUAAAAGACAGGUUAUGGCUAGUGGUUCUGAGACCAUUUCUUUACAACAUAAAUUGGAUAAUUUCCUCUUUGCAUUUCGCAACACACCCAGUACUGUCACUGGUGUUACCCCUGCGGAAUUGUUCCUUCAAUGGAAACCGAGAACUAAGUUGACAAUGCUUAAACCCUGUUUAUUGUCAGCCAUUGAUAAGAAGAGGGAGGCGCAGAAGGAAGCAGCCGAUAACCAUCAGGGAAGUUUCAGAUCCUUUGUGGAGGGAGAAAAGGUGCUUGUGAAGUCAGUAUGGCAGGAGAUCAUUUCUUGGAUUCCUGGGAGAAUUUUGGAGCGGAAAAGUCCGUCUACUUAUGUGGUGAGCGUCCUGGGAGGUAAAAUACGUUUCUGCCACGCUGAUCAUUUGAGAUCUAGUAAGUUGACUGAGGAAGAGGAAGUUACAGUCAAUAGGCCGGUAGUGCAGUCUCCGAUCAAAUCCCCUGAGAACAAGUCUGCUGUGGAAAUACAAACUCCGCCAGAGCGAUCACCUCGUGUCAUGGAAACUCGGAAUACAUCACCAAGACAACAACGGAGUGUAGGCCUACCUAAGUCUCCAGCUACGCACACUACAGACGAGCAUCCCGAAGUGCAGCCCAGCCAGCAGUGCAGCCCGCCAUCACUUCGGAGAUCUCAAAGGACUGUGCAAAAGCCGAAGCGGCUCGACCUUUAA